GCGCACCUUAGAGUGAGAGAGAGAAAGGGAGGCGAGACCCUCUGCAGGUGUCAGAUAUGGAGGAAAUGACAAUAUGGGAACAGUACACUGCAACACUAAUUCGGGACCCUCGCAGAGGUUUUGGUAUUGCAGUCUCUGGAGGAAGAGACCGUCCUUUAGGAAUAGAUGGAGACAAUUCUGUCAUUGUUUCAGAUGUUAUCCGUGGUGGACCAGCUGAUGGUAGACUGCAGACUCGAGAUCGCAUUGUCAUGGUUAAUGGUGUUUCAAUGGAAAAUGUGUCAUCCUCCUUUGCCAUCCAAACACUGAAAUCAUGCUCUAAGAGUGCAAAUGUGACUGUGAAACGGCCACGAAAGAUUCAGAUUCCUGUAAGCAAUUCUAUGCAUCCAGCUUCUACUUAUUCCUCCCAUACCCAAAAAUCCUCAGAGCCUGUCUUCUCGGAUUCCUCAAGAAGAGAAAAGGAUGAUGGGCCAGAUUCCCCUUUACCAUGGAGAGGGAGAUAUGAAAGCUCAAAACAGGAACCUCCCGCGGACACAGCAAGAGGAUAUGAAGGGGAUUCAUCUAGUGGCCACAGCUCCCAGGGGUCUUUCACUCACUCAUCUUGUCAUGCCAGACAUCGAAGGGGAAGAACUGUUGGUAGGGAUGGGAUAAAUUAUGCAAGGAGGAAGGUAGGAAGGGAAUCAGGUGGUUCAGGGAGUGAAACAGGUAGGAGGUCCAGAAGAAGAGAGCGUGGCAGUGAUGUGAUGGACUCUGGCAGUGAGGCACGUGGAUAUUCCAGUAAAAGGAGAGAGACUGGCAGUGAAGUGGGGGGCUCUGGCAGUGAGAUAGGUGAGAGAUACCCAAAUGGCCUAGAGCUGGUGUCUGGGUUCAAGAGAUUGCCUAUCCAGGAUGUGCCAGCCAAACCUAUGAAAGCUGUUCUGGUGAAACGUGCAGAAAACCAAGAAUAUGGUCUAAAAUUAGGUAGUCAAAUCUUCAUUAAACACAUAACAGAAAGUGGACUGGCAGCUCAAGAGAAGGCAUUACAAGAAGGAGACCUUAUUCUAAAGAUUAAUGGGGUGACAAGUGAGAAUAUGUCAUUGGCUGACACUCGUCGACUCAUUGAGAAGUCAAGAGGCAAACUUACCCUAACUGUUUUGAGAGACAAUCGUCAGUUCCUGGUUAACAUCCCAGAAGUGAGAGAUAGUGAAAGUGAGGAAAGAAGCUCUUCUCGAGAGGAUAUUUCUGAAAUAGGUUCUGAUGAUUCCCUGCCACCAUCUGAAGCUCCCCCACCCCCUCCAGCACAUCAACAGAAGAGCUCAUCUGAGAGUGAUAUUAGUGCCUCGGAAGAAAAUGGACUGAAUGGAUCAGAGGUUGUGCAGAAAAUGGAGAAUCCUGUAGUUAAGAAUGCAGAACAUAAUGAAGAAGCACAGGUGGUGUCCACAUACAGAGAGGAGUCAGCAAAUCCCAAUAACAACCUGAAAGAAGACCUGAGAGCAGGGUACAGUCCUGAUGCUCGUUUAAUUCAGUUCAUGAAAGAGAAGAGCAUUGGUCUGCGUCUUGCAGGUGGAAAUGAUGUGGGAAUAUUUGUUGCUGCAGUACAGGCAGGGAGUCCUGCAGAACGAGAAGGAAUUAAAGAGGGUGACCAGAUCCUUCAGGUGAAUGGUACAAGCUUCCAUAACUUGACCCGUGAGGAUGCUGUGCAGUUUUUAAUGGGUCUUCCACAAAAUGAGGAUGUAAUAUUCCUUACACAAGGCAAAGAGGACAUUUACAGAAAAAUGAUUAAGUCCAGUGUUGGAGAUUCCUUUUAUAUCCGUACACACUUCGACUAUGAGUCAGAGGCUCCAUCUGGUCUGAGUUUCACUCGAGGAGAAAUAUUUCAUGUCUUAGACACUAUGUAUCGUGGGAAGCUGGGAAGCUGGCUAGCUGUUCGCGUUGCCAGGGAUUUAAGGGAGAUGCAAAAGGGAAUAAUACCAAAUGGCAGCAGGGCAGAGCAGUACGCCAGUUUGGAGACAGUCCUAAAGCCACAGAGCAACAGUGGACAGAGGGCAGAGUUUUGGAAAUUAAGGGGCCUGCGUGGAGCUAAGAAGUUACUAAAGAAGAGUAGAGAAGAUUUAACUGCACUGAGCAAGAAAAUUAAAUAUCCACCAUAUGAAAGAGUGGUGCUUCGGGAAGCAAGCUUUAAAAGGCCUGUAGUUGUAAUGGGUCCAAUCACAGAUAUUGCACAUCAAAAGCUUUGUGCAGAUUUGCCCCAAGAGUUUGAGGCUGCAGAGAGUGUUACACGAGAUGGAGAGACCUCUAAGGUCAUUAAACUGGAUAUUGUGAAGGAAAUUGCUGGAAAGAAUAAGCAUGCACUCCUUGAGAUCACUCCUACAGCUGUAGAACAUCUUAAUUACAUGCAGUUCUAUCCUAUUGUGGUAUUCUGUAACCCUGAGAACAGGCAAGGAGUAAAAGCCAUGAGGAAAUGGCUGAUUCCUGACUCGAGAAAAAGUUCGAGGCGUUUGUAUGCACAAGCUGUUAAACAGCGCAAGAACUACUCUCAUCUAUUCACCGCCACAAUAAAUCUGAGUGGAGCAAGUGACUCAUGGCUUCGCAGCUUGAAAGAAAUUAUUCAGACAGAGCAGACAAAACCGAUAUGGACGACAGAAGAUAAGGAGAUUACAGUCACAGAGCCACUGGAUCUCCUGGAUGAGUCCACAGCUGGAGUCAAUGACUACCUCAGUUGUGAUAGCCGUGCAAACAGUGACUAUGAUGAAACCGAUGCUGAGGGAGGAGCUUAUACUGACCAGGAACUGGAAGAAGAAAUUCAAGAACCAGCACUUGCCAGGUCUUCUGAACCAGUGCCAGAUUACCAAUCAACAUAUUACAGAGCCCAAUCGCCAGAUGAAUAUCCUUCAAAGUACAAAGAUCAAUCUUUACCUGAGAGAGACAACUUCCAUGGAAACAAGCCAUGUCCUGAAGAAUCUCAAAAUCAGCCACAAGGCCAGUGGAGUGCAAAUGCCAUUAACAGUCGAGAAUAUGAACAUGAUGCACUACUCAAAAAGUUUAACAAUGCAAGAUAUUCCAGCUCAGAGGAGGAGGAAGAUGCUUGGGGAGGGCCUGCAACUGACCUGUAACAUUUCUGCUGUAUGUGAAACCUUUUUUACAUUUACAGACUGAACAUGGAUGCAGAAAGCACUCUGAACAAAAGCCUUCAAAACUGUAUAUUAAAUAGAUGUUUGUUGUUUUAAUAAUAAAUAUUUUUUCUUUUGCAUGUUGCAAUUUUCUACAGGAACUGAAACUAGCUAGUCAUGUUUUAUUUAAUAUCAGAAAAAAUACAUAUGCCACACAGUAGUUUUAAAACAGUCACAAAUGUAUUCCAGUAUGAAUAAGGCAUUUAGGCAAGGCACCUAUCUUUAUACUUGUACACUUGGUCUGGCCAUAUUCCAAACUAAUUAAGAGUAAGCUCCUCAUUAGAUCAAUUUAUGGUACAUUUUCAUUGGAAGUAUUCCACAUAACUUUGCAGACAUUAUUAUUUAUCUUCCUUUACCUAACCUUCCUCAAGAUCCACUGUUCAGACGAUCAACCACAUGCCAGUAAAAUUAAGACUGCUCCUGGUUUUAUUUGCCAUAACUAACAUACCAAAAGUUUAUUGUAAAAUGUAGUUGUCAAUUAAACCAAUGAAAAAAUCCACUAUGUCUUAAAAAUUGUCCACAUUUGUCAGGGAUUUCCAUCUCUAUUUAUAAUGAUCCAAAUCCAUUAUAAGAUGAUUUCACAAUAUAGGUUCUUCUUUAGAGUGGAACUUCAAUGUCUUCUAGCCAGAAAGUAAAUGAACAAGAUAAACAAUGUGGUAAGACAUAAGAUAUUCUAGUCAUAUUUCCUUAUUGCACUGUGCCCUUAAUAAGAAGAGUAGCCCACGAACACAAACUGCAGACAUCCAGUCAGUCUUCUGCAAUUUCACAUGAUAUACUGCACCACUUGUGCAGCUCUUGUGAGCUCCAGGAGUUCUAUAAGCAGCAUAGACACAAAAUAAUGUGUGCUUAUAGCAUAUUUGUGCUUUUUAUAAAGUUCAUGUAGGGAACUAGACAAAAUAUGAUAAAAUUAAAAUGUCCACAUAUCUUCCUGGGCAUCGCAAAUGCAGCAUAGUGUGUAGACAUACAAAAGAUAAUAUUCUCAUAAGUAGACUGGGAUCUCCUGUCCUGUAAGAAGCCUGUAUGUAGAGGCAGGCAUAGUUUUUAUAUGGACCUGCAGACAGAGGUAAAUUGUUAUCAGAAGUGUACAGUAACAAUUGAAAGUACUGCUAUAUAUCUACAUUUUUAUAAUUCUAUUUCUAUUUGUUUAAUAGUAAUGCUAGGAGACAAUAGCAUAAUUAUUCCCUCUUUGUACAAUAAGCUAUCUGCUGCAGUAAAACUUCUAGGUGCUUAAGUUUGAUUUCCUAAAAGGUUUUGCCUAAAUGGCCGCCACUCCCAGGGCUGGCUGGCCAGCUUUUUUGUUGUGUUACAAUGCCCUAAAAAGAAGCAAAAAAGACAUGGUUGAAAUGUUUGGGUCAACAACAAGUUACAAAGUGUCCUAAUAUAGAAGAAAUAACUACCAGGUUUGCAUACAUUAUCCUUUAUAUAGUAUAGUUAGAGGAGAGCACUAAAAGAGCAAUUAACUGCUGUAGUUUUGUUUAUUCAAGACUACAUGUUUCGUGAGAAAGGGCAUCACCUAUGCCCCUGAUGAAGCCACAUAGCUGGCGAAAUGCGUAGGUGGACGGUGGGGGACCUAGCUCCCAUCAGUUCCCAACGUUGACAGGCAGAAUUGACCCCUUGAGAACGGGGACUAAGAAGGGAGUGGAAUUUUAGAAUUUGCUCAACAAGCUCUAACUUAUUAUUUUUCUACCAAACCGCAUUGAUUGAGUGGUACCAUGGCAUCCCCACUUUCUACCUAUAUUGCGGUUUUUAACCUAUUUAUGUUUUUUAAGACUACAGGCCUGCAAUGCGCUAAUUUGAUAUUGGCAGUGAGUUUGUAAAGAUUUUUGAUGUGGUUUGCUGUUGUGGGCUUUGCCCAAAGCUCUACUUGUUGCUUUUUAAAAUUAAUUACCAUUAAAGGUGAAGUUUAAUGAGUCA